GGCCACGGCCAGGAUGGGCGGAGUCUAACAAUCGCGAAGGCGGCCUCGGCUGCCAGGGGCGAGUUGGGUGAAACGGCUGGAUGGGCUUGAGAAGAGGCUCGGAGGCCCUCCAUUUCGCGCGGGGGCGGGGUUUCGCGCUGUUUGGGAGGACGCUGCGUCGGGGGCGGGGCUAGCGCGUGCGCUGCAAGAUGGCGGCUGCCAGUGUGGCGGGGCAGGCGAUGAAUGUGUUCCCAUUCCGCGACGCCCGAGCCGCUCCGGAUCCGGUGCUGGAGGCCGGCCCGGUGGCACACGGGCCACAGCCGGUGCCACUGGUGUUGGACAACGGGUCGUUCCAGGCCCGUGCAGGCUGGGCUUGCCCCGGGCCGGACCCAGGCCCCGAACCCCGGCUGCAGUUCCGCUCUGUGUGCGCCCGAGGGCGAGGCGGAGCUCGGGGCGGGGCGGGCCCCCAGGUGGGCAACGCGUUGGGCAGCCUGGAGCCCCUGCGCUGGAUGCUGCGCUCACCUUUCGACCGCAACGUGCCUGUGAACCUGGAGCUGCAGGAGCUGCUGCUUGACUACAGUUUCCAGCAUCUGGGUGUCUCCUCACAGGGCUGUGUCGAUCAUCCCAUAGUGUUGACAGAAGCUGUGUGCAACCCGCUGUAUUCACGACAGAUGAUGUCCGAGCUUCUCUUUGAGUGCUAUGGGAUUCCUAAGGUUGCCUAUGGAAUAGACAGCCUCUUCAGCUUCUACCACAAUACGCCAAAGAACUUGAUUUCAAGUGGGCUCAUCAUUUCAUCUGGCUACCAGUGUACACAUAUUUUACCCAUCCUAGAAGGGAGAUUGGAUGCUAAAAACUGCAAGCGCAUCAAUCUGGGAGGAAGCCAGGCAGCUGGUUACCUCCAGCGCCUCCUGCAGCUGAAGUAUCCUGGGCACCUGGCAGCCAUCACUCUCAGCCGCAUGGAGGAGAUCCUGCACGAGCACAGCUACAUCGCCGAGGAUUACGUGGAAGAAUUGCAGAAAUGGCGAUGCCCUGAUUACUACGAAAACAACGUCCACAAGAUGCAGCUCCCAUUUUCCAGCAAGCUCCUAGGCAGCACCCUGACCUCUGAGGAGAAGCAGGAGAGGCGACAGCAGCAACUGCGGCGACUGCAGGAGCUCAACGCCCGGCGGCGGGAGGAGAAGCUGCAGCUGGAUCAGGAGCGGCUGGACAGGCUGCUCUACGUGCAGGAGCUCCUAGAGGAUGGCCAGAUGGAUCAGUUCCACAAAGCCCUGAUAGAGCUGAACAUGGACUCCCCGGAGGAGCUGCAGUCCUACAUACAGAAGCUCAGUGCAGCAGUGGAGCAGGCUAAGCAGAAGAUGCUUCAGGCGGAGGUCAGCCUCGAGGUGGAUGUGGUGGACAGCAAGCCAGAGACCCCUGACCUGGAGCAGCUCGAGCCGUCUCUGGAAGAAGUGGAAAGCAUCAAUGAUUUUGAGCCCUUGUUUUCAGAUGAAACGCCUGAAGCAGAGAAGCCAGUGACCACGGUCCAGCCCGUGUUUAACUUGGCAGCAUACCAUCAGCUGUUUGUUGGGACAGAAAGAAUUCGAGCUCCAGAAAUUAUCUUCCAGCCGUCUCUCAUUGGAGAAGAGCAGGCCGGCAUAGCGGAGACACUGCAGUACAUUCUGGACAGGUACCCGAAAGAUGUUCAGGAACUGCUGGUUCAGAACGUUUUCCUCACUGGCGGGAACAUGAUGUAUCCUGGGAUGAAGGGCAGAAUCGAGAAGGAGCUGUUGGAGAUGAGACCCUUUCAGUCUUCUUUUCAGGUUCAGCUGGCCUCAAACCCCGUGCUGGACGCCUGGUACGGUGCUCGUGGCUGGGCCUUGGACCACCUGGACGACGAGGACGUGUGGAUCACCCGGAAGGACUACGAAGAGAAGGGAGGAGGCUACCUCAAGGAGCACUGCGCUUCCAACGUUUACGUCCCCAUCCGCCUGCCCAAGCAGGCUUCGCGCUCCGAGGCCCAGGCGUCCAGCAAAGGCGGGGCCGGCGAGCAGGCCUAGUGGAGGGGCGCCUCCAGAGACCUGGGGCCACAUUGGCCGGUGAGACAGGACAGUGGCUCGGCCAGCUGUGUCGGGCCCUAGUCUGCUGGGAAUGUUUGGCUGCAAGAGGAUUUCUCCUGGGGAGGACAGCUAAAGGCCAGAAGGGACUUUCGGUGGCGUGCUGUCUUGGAUGAGCCGUGGCCCUUGCUUCCUGUAGCAGUGAAUGCAGACAGGGCUGGGGACAGAGAUGGCCACGCUGCACAGGCUUACUUACCUCCUACUACGUUUUAAAGCCUUUUUUUAAAAAAAUCUUUUAAAUUUUAUAUUGUCAGUGUAGAUUUUCUUCUAAGUUUAUUCUGAGAUUGCGUGAAUGCCCAGCAGGUGGAGUUCUUUCAUGUCCAUGUGCAUUUAUGUAAUAAGAGUGAUCACCCACACAGUCUCGGGGCCUGGGGAUAUUUCCCUUCUCCUGUUAUUUCCACUUAGAAAUAAGGAAAAGGAGCCCAAAGAGGGAAACCAAGUCACACAAAGUCGCUCCGUUAGGGCCUGCCCGGUGCCCGCUUCUGAGUGGGCAGGUGUAGGGCUAGAGGCCCAACUUUCCAUCAUGUCAGGUCUUCCUACAAUUUUUAAAUAAUUUCUGUCCCGGUGAGUGUGUUGACUGCUUAACUUUUUAAGGCCUUUCUGAAGAAAGAAGCAGACUGGGAAAAGUUAGCCCUUUCACUUUGGCUACAGCCUCACAUUCCCUGGACCUUUGUCGCUUCAUCAUAAAUGGACAAAAAACCCCCUCUGCUUUACAGAGCUUGCUUGAUGAGAACUUUAACUCUCAAACACAUCCAGUACUUGAGCCCAGAAGACCCCUGGGCUGCUAGCAUCCUUGUCGCAGAAUCCAUACAUUUAAACAGCCCAGGGAGUCUCUGGCCCGCCCUCCAUGGAGGCCACCCCAGCACCAGUCUGCUCAUCCAGGUCACUGAGGACGGCCUCCUGCAGCUCCAGCCUUCCAGGGCGUAGACCCCGAAGACCAGGAGGGGGCAGUGGCGGUGGACGAGGAGGUAGAAGACCCAGGCCCAAUCGACCUCCCAGGGCCUUGCCGGAGCCACUGGCCGACCCCAGCUGGGCCCCAGGGCUGGGGAGCUGGUGACAGCGGGAGCUGCCAAGAAAGGACAGAUGCGAGGAAGGCAGGACCGGCCUUCAUGAGAGGUUUUCCUAUCAUGCUUCUGGGAAGAGGAGUUGUACUAACUGCCACUAGGCUUGGGGAGACAGGGGUCCUCCCUGUAGUCAACAUUUUAAAAACAGCCGGAAUAGUGGUGAGGACGAAAGAUGGCCAUGGAAGUCAAGCCUGGAUGAGAAAGGACCCUGGGUGGGCAGGUAAGCUGGGCCGCAGCCUAGUCCAUCAAAAGUGGGAAGCUGGGCCCCUCAGGUGCCUGUCACCUGGACCUGAGGAGGUUUGGGGCUGUGGUGAGGCUGGGCCUUGAGCUCUCUUGCUCCCUCUCAGCCACUCACACAAACUGCCAACGGAGCACUUGUCACAUACCAUGAGCCUUUUCUCUGCCCUCGGAUGGUCUCUUAUAAAGUGUAACGCACCCCAAGAGCAGAAGGUGGUUUCAUUCAGCUUGGAGCACACACAGCCCAGUGCUGGACUGGGGGCUGCUGGGGGCUCACAGGACUUUUGAUGCAUGACCAACCGGUGGGGUAAGAUAAGUGAAACUAAACCUGAGAACAAAGGAAAUUUGAGACUAGCUUAUCUGAUCUGUUGAGAGCAACAAAUCAGGAGUCCAUACCAAGGACCUCCCCUCAGCCAGGGGGCCCUGCUUAUUGAGACGUCUUAAGCCUUCCCUCUGACCCUGCCAGGAUUGUUCCAGAAGACAAGGUGGGGAUGUCGUAGCCAAGUGUUGUGAGGGAGCUGUGAAGGAAUUGACUCCCGUGGUCCAGGUUCGGGCUUUUGUCCCCAGGGGAAGCAGAGUCUUGCUUGUGGGUCCCACCUGGCUCUGGGUUUGAGUCAGGGCAGCUCUGAAAGUUGGGGGGCGGGGGAGCACCUCGAGUGAUCAGGGCCCCUCUCCCUGGCUGAGAUGUGGUAGGGGUGUCCCCACUUUGGCCCCCUCUACCUUCCAUUGGCACCUCUGGAAAUAAACAGUUUUGCCAAAGCAACAGAGAAGGUGAAAAGGUAAGAAAAUAGAAGUCAAGAGUAAAAUAAAUGUUAAAAUAUGGGCAGAGAACACUAAAGCAAGAAAUGGAAAAAGCAAAAUCAUACAGUAUGCAGAUGAUUUUAUGCCUUCCUAAGGGAUGGAGCCUUAUUACAGAACUGUCUGAUUAAAUCAUUUUAAGAACAUUAAAAAAUAGAAUAAAAAAUGGAAGCAGAGAGACUGUUUACUAAAUGAAUGUUCCUUUCCUCCUGGGCACACAGCUGCACUACCUUUCCCGGCCUCCCUCGAGCUCACACUUGCAGCCACUUGAGUUCUGGCUGAUGGGCUGUGGGCAGAAGACAUGGUCACCAUUGCCAGGCCUGGCUUCUCUAAGCCUCUCAUGGGCCUCUUCCCCGUCCUCUGGCUGAAUAGAGAGCUGCCUGUGGCCCAAGAGGAGUGUGGAGCCACAGAAUGGAAGGAGCUGCACCCUAAAAUGACUGGAGCAGAGGCCCUGCAAGUUCUUCACCGUGUGAGAAAUAAACUUUUACUGUGAUCAACGACUGAGUGCUCUAGCCUUAUCUGUUGCAGCAGCUAGCAUUAUUCUAACUAAAACUGUAGGUGAAAAGUAAAUAAAAACAACUUCAUUAA